CCGCUGCUGCAGCUGUUCUCGGGGAACCAUGUCGGCUCCUUGGCCUGGUACACGGCUGUUGCCACGAUGCUGUGAACGGUUAGAAGAUGAAAAUCCUCAAGAAGGACAAGCAGCAGGCACUCUAUAGUCUAUAGAUGGGGUCCUCCGACUACACAUUGCCGCGGUGCAUGCUGGGUUCUUCCUUUCCAAUCCCUGACUCGCUUCUGCAAUCAUGGGUGGCGCGCCGUCUGUCCCUCAGGAAACUGCUGAGCGGCGGCCAGGCCAUCGAGCUGCUGGCGCAGGACGGCGACAGGAAGAGGUUCCGCUUCAGGACGCCGAUGGGACAAACGCCCGACUGCUGCUUCUCCUUCGCCGGGCUGCGGAACCAGGUCACCUUGCUGAUCCAGAAGCAGGAAGUCGAGGAAGGCGUAGAGGAAGGAACGGUGCUGUCGUGUGUGAACGACAUCGCCGCCGCCACGCAGCACACCCUGACCUCACACCUGGCGAAGAGGACGCACCGGGCCGUCCUGUUCUGCAGAGCCAACCGACUGCUGCCGUCACAAAACCCGACGCUGCAACAGAAUGGAGCGUCUGAGGGAAGGAACCGGGACCCUGGCGCCGGAGGUGGAGGUAGAGGUCAGCUACGAGCCCAGAGCUCCGCUGGGCGUGGACAUCACAGCCGAGGUGAGGGACGCCGCCAUCAGGCCGCCGCCCAUCCGGAUCAAGAUCCCAGCCUGACCGGCAGAACUCCCUCUAUCCAAACAUCCGUUGGCGCGGAGUCUGCGGGUUGGCUGUCCUACGAAAGAAUCUUAAGCGGCGACCCCUCACUGACUGACACCCUGCGAUUCCUGUGGUUCCCCCGCAUCCAACUUCAGUGCGUCAGGGUUCUGUCGGUGGUUUGGACUCUCAUUGGACGCUUUAUUAAGUGGCCAUUUGGUAUGGCGCAGCGUCCCCCUGGGGCUGUACCUAACCCACAAGAUGGAGGCGUUUCUCUGGAGCCCUUCAUACACCAGGUGGGGGGUCACACCAGCAUGAUGCGGUACGAUGACCACACCGUGUGUAAGCCUCUGAUCAGCAGAGAGCAGCACUUCUAUGAGUCUCUGCCUCCUGAGAUGAAGGAGUUCACUCCCGAGUAUAAAGGCGUGGUCCUGGUGUGCUUCGAAGGCGACUCCGACGACUGCAUCAACUGGGUGGCGUACCCCUACAUGGACAACAUGGAGGACGUGACGGGGGAGCUGGAGGAGCAGGUUGAGGAGAGGGAGGAGCGGGCCGAGCAGAGAGAGGAGCAGGUUGUGGAGAGGGAGGAGCGGGUCGUGGAGAGGGAGGAGCAGGUUGAGGAGAGGGAGGAGCGGGUCGAGCAGAGGGAGGAGCAGAGGGAGGAGCAGAGGGAGGAGCGGGCCGAGCAGAGGGAGGAGCAGAGGCAACUGGAGGGCAAAAAGCUGCUCGCUGGUGAUGAUUAG